AUGGUGUAUUUCUGCCUCGGUGGUAAUACUUUGCGUCAUGUUCAGCAAUCCAUCCUCCCACGCACAUUUUGCCGCUACAAAUCAAUCACGGCCGCUAUCGAGAGGGGCAGGCAUGACGGACGAGACCGACCUUUUAGACCCCGCACACAAACAGCCAACUACGACAAUCGAGAAAGCCCCUUGAAGACACGCCGCGAAGCACGAUUCGAACGGUUUGGUCCACCCCGCGAUGACCCAUUUCCAAAACCAAACAACCAGCGGUCGUCAAGAAACGAGGAGGAGCGUCCACCAAAUGAUAAUAACGAUGCAUUGAGUAGCUUUGUAGAAGAGCGGCCACAAGGGGGAAGGGCCCGUCUAUCGAGGGCUGGAAACAGUCGGCCUAGCAGGUUUGAUGAAGAUCGUCCGUCGAGGAAACCGUAUGGUGAAUCCAGCAAAUUUGGAAGGGGGCGGCCAAGCGGAAAAUGGCAAGAUCGUCCGGCAAGGGCUGGGAGUGAUUUAUCUAACAGGCAUGGAGAAGAUCGCCCGAGGGGGAAUUGGAAAGAGCGUUCGCAAAGCGACAGGGAAGACCGACCGGCAAGGGUUAGGGAUGGUGGGUCUAAUAGGUUUGGGAGAGACGGUCCACAGAGGAAUUGGGAAGAGCGUUCGCCAAGUAACAGAGAAGGCCGCCCGGCAUGGGCCAAGAGUGAUGGAUUUGACAGAUCUCGGGGAGAGGGUUUCCAAAAGACCAGCAACGAUAGAUCCGGCAGAUUAGGAGUAGAGAAGCCACAGCGAAUUUCGGAAGAGCAAGCGCAAGAAACGUCGGUAAAGCAGCCGGUUAAGGAAGAUACACGCCCAGAAUUUGUGCAACAUCUCGAGAAUCUCAGAUCGCCGUCGGCUAGGACCAAGCAUAACAAACUCAACAAGCAUGGACUGCUAUACGUAGUCAAGCCCGAUUCCGGUGAGGGAGACUCAACACGGUUUGAUAAACCCAAGUCGGUACGAGGACCUGAGUCACUCCCGUAUACCACGGCCGCAUCCGAGUUCAUCUAUGGAACCCGCAGCGUAUUAGCUGCUAUCAAAGCAAAUCGGCGCAAGUUCUAUAAACUCUACAUACAUGCACGGGGCAUGGAAAACAGUCAAGCUAUCAAGUCAACCAUCCGGUCUCUCAAGCUUUUCCACAUCACUACGGAAGUUGGGGAUGAAUACAUGCGAGCCAUGGAUAAGGCAAGCAACGGCCGACCACACAAUGGUCUGAUACUGGAAGCCUCGCCUCCCCCGGUCCUCCCCAUUACUCAGCUAACGGCGGCAUCUAUUGAAGACGGAGCGUUUAACUUGUCACUCGACAGGCAGAGCGCAGAAGAUGAGGCUAUCAACGGCACGCAGGAGCUUUACGAGUACAAGUCAGACGGAUGGAGGUAUCCGCUGAUUCUUUACAUCGAUGGAGUUGUUGACGAAGGAAACCUUGGCGCCAUUGCACGUUCAGCCUAUGUCCUGGGCGUCGAUGCCAUCGUUACUCCCACACACCACACAGCGGAAUGGAGUCCAAUCGCGAUCAAAGCCUCGUCAGGCGCCGCCGAAGCAAUGCCCCUCUUCAGGGUCAAAGAGCCAGAGCAAUUUUUCCAAAGCAGCUCGCAAGUUGGAUGGCGUAUAUAUGCCAGUGAUGCCGUACCGUUAUCGACGCAAGACGGUCAACAUGUCGUCUACUCCUUGUCUCAGAGAUACAGCCCACUUCCGGCUGACCAUAGCCCUUUGGCAGAGCACCCAACAAUCCUCAUGAUGGGGUCCGAGCAUUCUGGGGUGAAGAAGCAUUUAGCGAAGAUGGCGCACUACAAAGUGGGCAUCCCUCAUGGUCGAAGUGUCGAUGAAGUGGGUGUGGACAGCUUCAAUGUUAGCGUAGCGGCAGGCAUUCUCUGCUACCAGAUGAUGCAGAGACCCCAAUCAGCGGCAGAGCGCGAUCCCGAGAAUGUCAUGUUCUAG